AAACCCAAAGCACAAAGCACCAAAGGAGAACAUCCUAUCCACUAAACGUCAAGGAACAGUGAUCCACUGCAAGCUUUGUUACUAUCACUGAGAGUCUCUUCAUUGGCUGUCUGGCACAUCACAUCGUAUAUUCUCUAUUACUUUGGGCAACUUUCAUCUUACCUUGGUCUCACCAUGAGAUCUCACCAUAGAGUUCUGGUUUUCCUAGUGUUGGCAAUGUGCACGAUAGGUGGAUGGUGCGUUCCCCUGGAGAAAACCGUGUCUGUCACCUUCCCUGGAGAUGUCCUCAAGAACAUGACGGAUAUGGAGCUGGCAGAAAGCUACCUGAAGAGGUUUGGCUACAUGAACGUUCAGCACCGCAGUGGUUUCCAGUCUAUGGUGUCCACCUCCAAGGCUCUGAUGAGAAUGCAGAGGCAGAUGGGGUUGGAGGAGACAGGGACGCUGGACAAGUCUACAGUAGCAGCAAUGAAGGCACCUCGCUGUGGGGUCCCUGAUAUACGCUCCUACCAGACCUUUGACGGGGACCUGAAAUGGGAUCAUCAUGAUGUUACAUACAGGAUCCUGAACUACUCUCCAGACAUGGAAUCCUCUCUGAUAGACGAUGCCUUCGCCAGAGCCUUCAAGGUGUGGAGUGAUGUCACCCCUCUCACCUUCACGCGACUCUUCGACGGCACCGCUGACAUCAUGGUGUCAUUUGGAAAAGCAGACCAUGGAGACGGCUACCCCUUCGAUGGUAAGGACGGCCUUCUGGCCCACGCCUUCCCCCCUGGUGAGGGCAUACAGGGAGACGCCCACUUUGACGACGACGAAAACUGGACCCUCGGCAAAGGAGCAGCUGUGAAGACUAGCUUUGGCAACGCAGAGGGUGCUCUGUGCCACUUCCCUUUUUCCUUCGAGGGCAAGCAGUACUCCACCUGCACCACAGAGGGGCGCUCUGACAAUCUGCCCUGGUGUGCCACCACAGCCGACUACGGCAGAGACAAGAAAUUCGGCUUCUGUCCAAGUGAACUUCUGUACACAUUUGACGGAAACAGCAACGGCAAAGAAUGUGUGUUCCCCUUCGUGUUCCUGGGGGAGACAUAUGAAGGUUGCACGACAGAAGGUCGCAGUGAUGGAUACCGCUGGUGUUCCACCACAGACAACUUUGACAAGGAUAAGAAGUAUGGCUUCUGUCCCAACAGAGAUACGGCUGUGAUUGGUGGAAACUCUGAGGGAGAGCCGUGCCAGUUCCCCUUUGUCUUCCUGGGGAAGAAGUAUGACUCAUGCACCAGCGAGGGACGGGGAGACGGCAGGCUGUGGUGUGCUACCACCAGCGACUUUGACGCAGACACGAAAUGGGGCUUCUGCCCAGAUAGGGGCUACAGUCUGUUCCUGGUUGCGGCCCAUGAGUUUGGUCAUGCCCUGGGUCUGGACCACUCCAACAUCAGAGACGCCCUCAUGUAUCCCAUGUACAGCUACGUGGAAGACUUCUCCCUGCAUGAAGAUGAUGUUGAGGGCAUUCAAUAUCUCUAUGGAUCCAAGACAGGCCCUGACCCCACACCCCCUGGGCCCACCAUCCCUACACCUGGUCCCAGCGACGAGCCUGAGCCCAACACCCCCACUACCACCACUACCAGCCCCACCACUACACACCCUGUGGACCCAUCCCAGGACGCCUGCCAGAUCAACAAGUUCGACGCCAUCACAGAGAUCGAUGGAGACCUGCACUUCUUCAAGGAUGGGCAAUAUUGGAGGUUGUCAAGCAAGACUGACGGUGGACUGAAGGGUCCGUUCUCCAUGUCUGAGAGGUGGCCAGCUCUGCCUGCUGUCAUUGACACGGCCUUUGAGGACCUUGUGACAAAGAAAAUCUACUUCUUCUCAGGCACCAGGUUCUGGGUGUAUACAGGACAGAGUCUCCUGGGACCUCGCAGCAUUGACAAACUGGGUCUGCCCUCUACUGUAGAGAAGGUGGAAGGAGCACUGCAGAGAGGGAAAGGCAAGGUGCUGCUCUUCAGCGGAGAGAACUACUGGAGGCUGGAUGUGAAGGGCCAGAAUAUCGAUAAGGGAUAUCCCCGCUUCACAGACAUUGUCUUCGGGGGUGUUCCUAAUGAUGCUCAUGAUGUCUUCCACUUCAAGGGCCACAUCUACUUCUGUCGGGAUCGUUUCUACUGGCGAAUGAACUCUAGGAGACAGGUAGACCGCGUGGGAUACGUGAAGUACGACAUCCUGAAGUGUACCGACUCCUCCAACUUCCGCUACAUGGAAGGGGAGAUAGAGGUGGAGAGCAGCAGUGAUGUGGGUCCGUCGGGGUCCGGAAUGGAGGAGCCGUCGGAGAGCGGUAUGGGCAUGGAGUCCUCAGAGGCCAUGUCGGCAGACAGCAGUGAUGCAGCAUCCCACCAUCACAGCCAGCACCACCACGGCAUUGCCCCAGAGUCAGACUGCCACGUGGGACAGAGCUCAGAGGGGUUUCCGGUGUUCCUACCAGAGACUAGUUCCAGUACGGAUGUCACCCACCACAGGGCCACCGUCCACCUCCCAGACUCCUCUUCUGUGGCCCAGUCCACCAGCGUCUCCACUGUAACACAGUCCAUCCUGGUGUCUGGGUCAGCCCAGGUGAUGGUUCACUCCAGCGCGGCGGUGUCUGACUCGACAGCCUCCACCUCCUCAGAUCUGGGAUCAGCCAUAGACAAGAUCAUAGAGUCUACCAUCGGACCCAACAUCAUGAAUGGUUGUAUAGCAGUGACCAGUGCAGAGGACGGAGCUGCAGAGACCAGUGAGGGUCAGUAUUUGAUACUACAAGGAUCAGAUGAUGCCCGCAAGUCAUCCUCGGCCCUGUCCAGCCAUCACCGUAUCACCAUCGAGGCUCUGGGAGAGGGUCCUACCUCCACCUGCCACGACCAGGGAGACAUGCAGGAUAACCUGGACCCUGACCAGCCAGACCAGCCCUCUGGCAGCCAUUACCCAGACCAUGAGGACCAGGAGAACCAGCCCCAGCACUCUCACGCAUCUCAGUACAUGGACUGUAGUGGUGGAGAUGCAGACGGACCUGACCAGACUGGAGAGUCAUCCACCUCGUAUGUCGACGACGAGGAAUCUGACCAGACUAAGAUCUCGUCCCGGUCUCUGUCCCGCUUCCCGGAGUACGGUGUCGUCGACAACUCUGACCAGGACCUGCGGGGGUACGUGGAGGGUAACGGAGCCGCCGACUCCAACCCCUCGUUCCCCGGCAUUCGACGACGCCACACUCACUAUGUUGUGGACUGCAGUGCGGGGACGGAGGUGUACCUGGAGUGUGAAGAGGAUUUGAGGCCGCAGCACCCUCAGAGCUACAUCGACAGCAGCAGCAGAGCUAACCACUCCCAGGGUCACCGAACCCUGCCUAACCACUCCCAGGGUCACCGAACCCUGCCUAACCACUCCCAGGGUCACCGAACCCUGCCUAACCACUCCCAGGGUCACCGAACCCUACAGCAGUAUGUGGAGUUUGUUGCUGCAGAUUCAGAGCAGCCCGGUUGUUCCAACUACCAGGAUCGGGAAGGGCAAAGGGAGGAUCCAAACAAGAGCCCAGACCAGAACCAGGACCCGGACCAGCCACAGCACUCUGACCAGCAGCAUCCCCAGCACUCCCACUACAUGGAGACCACCAGCAGCAGCAGCACUGGCCCAGAGGCCUCCGCGGGGUGGUCCACUGGGAUAGGGGAGGGAGGCGAGGGCUCCUCCACAGACCACCACCACCCCCAGGCAGACACUGUGGGAUCAGUCCACCACCACCCCCAGGCAGACACUGUGGGAUCAGUCCACCACCACCCCCAGGCAGACACUGUGGGAUCAGUCCACCACCACCCCGAGGCAGACACUGUGGGAUCAGUCCACCACCACCCCCAGGCAGACACAGCGGGCUCAGCAGAGGCUAUGGAGUGCACAGAGAGCCAGCCUGGCCCUUACAUCAGCAGCAGUGGAACCUACUCCUCCCGCCUGGAGCCUGAGGUUGAGGGGGCCCCUGAGCCUCAGUGGCCCCCCAGCCUGGGGAGGCCUUUUAGGGGAGAGGAGGGUGGCGUGGUGGGGGGGUCUAGAACUUCAGCCGUAGAGGGGGGGGCUGGGAGAGGACCAGGGGGCACCGUCCCCCACACCAUGGCUGAACUGGAGGAGAUGAUGGAGGUGGUGAUCGUUCAGCAGUUCAAAUGCAAGAUGUGUCCCUACAAAAGCGUCUCCAAAGACACCCUCAUCAACCACAUGAGAGACAGGCACUUCAAACCCACAGGUGGCCCCCCUCCUAAGAAGCGUGGUCGGCCCCGGCGUAGUGAUACGUUGGCCCGUCAGCAGGCUGAGGUGAAACCAGAGCCACCGCCUGAGGAGCCAGAGGACGAAGACAUCGUAGACGCUGGGGCCAUCCAUGACUCUGAAGAGGACAGUGACUACAACCCAGCAGAUGAGGAUUGUAGGGGCAGACAGCCUACCCUGCUGAGACAACCUGCCCCUCCUCCCUGCUCCUCCACAGACCGCCCCCGGCGCAGGGUGGGACGCCCCAGGAAGUUCACCUACACAGAGGGCAGCUACAACUGCAAGGAAGCUGAGGGUGCAUUCAAGCAGCGUAUCGGGAGUGUGGACCCUCAAGGCUCCGAGGAAGCCAGUUCCUCAGGCCUGGGAAACGGACCAGAUUCCUUGGCCAAUGGAAAAGCAGUGGAAGCCGGUAUCAGCCAGUCAGACUCUGAGAACAAAGACCCGUCACCCAAUGGGAGGCCGGAGGAGGCAGAGUUUUUCCCCAGGAAACGAGGUCGACCCUCCAAGAGGUUUCUCCGAAAGAAAUGCAAGAAGUACAUGAAAUAUUACACAUCUCUGAAGCCCCUCCUGAGGCCUCACAACUGUUGGAUUUGUGGCUCUCGCUUCCUGUCCCAGGAGGACUUGAGGUUCCAUGUAGACUCUCACCAAGGAAACGACCCAGAGUGCUUCAAGUGCCUGCAGUGUAACUACCGUUGCAAACGCUGGUCCUCGCUCAAGGAACACAUGUUUAACCACCAGGGGAACAAGCCCUUUAAGUGUGAGGAGUGUGACUACAGCAGUGUGUAUAAGAAGGACGUCGUUAGACACUCUGCAAUACACAACAAGGACAAGAAAACAAAGUCUGGGUCUUGUGGUCUGUCUGACUCUCAGCAGGUACCUAAGGUGUUGUCGUUCCCGUGUCCAGUGUGCCAUAGAGUCUACCCCAUGCAGAAGAGACUCACUCAGCACAUGAAGACACACAGUGCUGAGAAACCACACAUGUGUGACAAGUGUGGGAAGUCCUUCAAGAAGAGAUAUACAUUCAAGAUGCAUCUCCUCACACACAUCCAGAGUGUUGACAACAGCAGGUUCAAGUGUGAGUUCUGUGACUAUGACUGUGACAACAAGAAGCUCCUGCUCAACCACCAGCUGUCCCACGCCAACGACCGGCCCUUUAAAUGUGACUGCUGUAAAUACUCAACCUCUAAAGAGGACUUCCUGGUCUCUCACCUGGCCAUCAAACACACAGGAGAAAAGCCGUUCUCCUGUGAGAUGUGCCACUUCAUGACGAAGCACCGUAAGAACCUGGGUCUGCACGUCCAGUGUCGCCACCCGGAGGCGUUUGAGGAGUGGAGCGCUACGCACCCUGAGGAGCCCGUCAGACGGAGGAGGAGACCCUUCUUCACCCAGCAACAGAUAGAGGAACUCAAACAGCAACACGACGACACACCGGGCCUACAGAACACUAUAGUAGCAGUGGAUUCUGACACACUACAAGCCAUGCAGACAAUGCAGAACGCCUCAGUCUCCCAAGAUGCAAUGGGAAACACCACCAUCACUUACGAACAGGCCGGGAAUUCGGACCUGUCAGCCCAGAAUGCUCUGGAUCUGCUGUUGAAUAUGAGCAACGCCAGACAGUUGGUGGAAAACUCACUACAGGUACAGAUGUUGAAAUCAUCGGACUCCGAGGUUUUAAAAGCGGGCUCCUGGACAGCGGUUACCUCGGCGACCGGGGGAGCCCAAAAGGUUGUGACGUUCCACAUGUCUGAGAAUGGGGAGACCCUGGUGCAAGAGGUCCAGGAGGUUUAUGAGGCUGGGACCAGUGAGAAUGGAGAGAUUACUCAGAUAGCCAUCCAGGCCUAUGAGGGGGCAGAGGGCUUCAGUGUGGUGGAACAGAUGGAACUAAGCAAUGAACCUGGAUACAGUAGUGACGUGGGCAGUCCCGAGCCCAUAGAGGAAGAGCAGGAGGGAACAAAAACACUCAAAGAGAACAGAGAUGCCCAGUACUACCUGACCUCUGGUGUGGGGGAUGGAGUUCUACAGCAGGUAGAGCUAAGCAGUGAGGUCCCCGGUUCCCCCUCCAUGGUGGCAUCCCCCCAGGACCAGAUCCAGCUCAACCCAAAGAGGUUCUCCUGUCGUAUCUGCUCAGAGUCGUUCCAGGGCCGCAGUGACAUGGAGAACCACAAGAGGGCCCAUAUCGACCCCUCCACCUUCAAGUGUCCUGACUGUGACUUCACUGCCUCCUCCUGGCCAGACGUCAAGACCCACAUGGGCAUGCAUACCUAUCUGCGGCCUCACAAGUGCCCCAGCUGCAGCUUUGCCUCCAAAAACAGGAAGGACCUGAGGAGACACAUGAUGACGCAUACCAACGAGAAGCCCUUCACCUGCAAGAUCUGUGGACAGAGGUUUAAUCGUAACGGCCACCUCAAGUUCCAUUUGGAGCGACUCCACCCUCCGACAAAGAAGACCCAUUCUGGAGGAGGCUCCCAGCAACAGGCCUUUAUAGUCUGCAAUGACGAGGAGGCUCUCACCAUGCUCCAGUCCCUGCAGGCAGGACAGACCAUCAGUCCGGAGCAGCUACAGAAGGCCCUGGGUCAGGACCACAUCAUAGUGUCCCAGGAACAGGGCCUGGAAGACAAGGAGGCCACGUACAUCCAGCAGAUCACCACAGCGGACGGACAGACGUUACAGUACAUGACAGGAGACAACCAGGUCCAGUAUGUCAUCUCGGAGGAUGGAGUCCAACACUUCCUACCCCAGGAGUACGUGGUGCUAGCAGACGGGAACCACAUCCAGAUGUCAGAUGGACAGAUCAUCCAAUAUGAGAAUGAUGGGACCUUCCUACAGGAGCAACAGAUUUCCCCGAGUCACGACAGCCAGAUCCAGUACCUUCCCGUCAGUUCAGAACAGCAGAUAGUCAGUCCUGAAGACUUGGAGGUUGCUGAACACUCUGCUGUCACCGUCAUAGCAGAUGCCGCCACUCAGCAGACACAGACCGUCUACACUGAGGCCACACAAGAACAGCUGGAGCUGCUACAACAGCAGGGCAUCCAGUAUGACGUCCUCACGUUCACCGACGAGCAGAGAUGACGUCAUCACCUUCAGACACUGAUGUUGGAUGUGAUGCCACUGCUUUAAAGGACAGAGAGACGGGCCUGCAGUGCAGGACCCAGUGUGAUGGAUCCAUAUGAGCUGACAGUGGGGCCAGUGACAUACAUUGUUUUUUUUAUUGCUUUAACCUUUUAACAAGUCAGUUAAGAACAAAUUCUUCUUUACGAUGUUGACCUAGGAACAGUGGGUUAACUGGUCUAGGAACAGUGGGUUAACUGGUCUAGGAACAGUGGGUUAACUGGUCUAGGAACAGUGGGUUAACUGGUCUAGGAACAGUGGGUUAACUGGUCUAGGAACAGUGGGUUAACUGGUCUAGGAACAGUGGGUUAACUGGUCUAGGAACAGUGGGUUAACUGGUCUAGGAACAGUGGGUUAACUGGUCUAGGAACAGUGGGUUAACUGCUUUUUUUCUUUUUUUUCCUUGUCAGCUCUUGGAUUCGAUCUAGCAACCUUUCGGUUACUGGCCCAACGCUCUAACAACUAGACCUUAAAUCAGUUAUUGGUUGCCAUUUGGUACAUAACCCCACUGUAAUUAUUUAAAAUGAUCUUUCUGCGUGUGCCUCAAUACCUGCUUUGACUUGUAAGACGAAGAAGAAGAGGGAAUUAAAUGGCUGAUUUUAUAUUUAAGCAAUAAGGCCCGAGGAGGUGUGGUAUUAUGGCCAAUAUACAAAGGCUAAGGACUGUUCUUAGGCACGACACAACACGCUAAGCAGUGGUAUAUUGGCUAUAUAUCACAAACUCCCGAGGUGCAUUAUUGCUAACAUAAUUUGGUUACCAAUGUAACCAAUUUAAUUAGAGCACAAAAAAUACAUUUGUCAUACGAGUGGUAUCAGAAUUCAGGGGGCUCGACCCAUCCAGUUUAUAAUUCAGAAUAGAGCACAGCAUCCAAUCGAUGCCUAUGGAGGAUCGGAUGACUGACUGUGUGACUACAGGAUUUGUGCAUAAAGAGGGGUUAAUCAUUUGGUUAUUUGUACAUAUAUUUUUGCAUAUAAAGCAUUUUGUCCCAUGAUCAAGGAUAUGCUUGAAUGAAAAUGUCUGAAUAACUAAAAGCUGAUACCAAAUAAAUCGCUUGAUCUAUUGUGUAA